GCAAAGGGAAAAGCGGGCUCUGAACAAGGCGAGUCUUGGCGUGUGUGAGAGCAUUCAUUCUUCGUGUUUGCAAAGGUGUACAAAGUGGCAGCGUUUAAAUUAUGGAAAGUGAAGUGAUGAAUGCAACUGUAUCCACCAGCCAUUUGGACUUCUCUGGCAAAAUGAAGGAACGACGGAAUAGUAUUUUAAAAAAGACAAAAUACAAUGCAUCUCUGAUCUCUAAGAUUAAGACCAAGAUUCUCAACAACUCAUCAAUGAUGAAGAUCUCACUUAAAAAUAACAAUAAAGCUUUGGCAUUAGCUCUUGCUGAAGAGAAGAAAAAAUACAGAAUGGCUGAACAGGAAAAAGUAAUUCUUCAAAAAGAAAUAUGUAUUCAAAAUUAUGACAUAGUUAUGCUCCAGCAAAGAUUAACUACUCAGAAUGCUAAACUUUCGACCUUGGAAGGAUUCUUGUUGAAGAUAAAAAGCUGCUUCUCAGAUGCUACUGAUUACUUGUCAACUGCCAUCAAUACCUGCGAAUGUGAUUUUCAAGAACAUCAGUGGAGUGGUAUGUUGUUCCAAAGAAGUAAAAGUGCAAGUGAAGAUUCCAGCUCUAACUUAAACACGAGAUUACCAUCAGGAGUCCCAUAUGAGUUUAGAAUUGAAGAAAAAUGUCAAGCCGACAGCAUCCAGGAUGACAAUAUUGAUUCCUUGAAACAAGCUGUAGCAAUUCCUGUAGAGGAUUCUACAUCUUCAAUUGGUGGACCUAUAUGUCAAGCCUUUGCUGUGAAUUUCCAUGAGAAUGCUUCGAUCAAUGACCCAAAUAUCAGAGAGCAAAUUGAGGUUGGACAGCCUAGUCAAGAUCGUAUUUCAAAUCGUACCAGGCUCCUUCACAAUUCCAGAACAUCUGUAAUGAAUGGUGUUCAUAUUCCACAAAUAUCAUUUACUGAACAAUUGCCUGAAACUCAGUUGAGCGAAACCAUGUUUGCAAGUCAAAAUAUUACCUUAAGAAAGAAAGAUUCAUGCUCUAGAAGUUCUAAAAUGUCUAUAGAAUUAAUGGAGAAGAACUUGGCAAGAGAAUCUUGCUCAAGAAAUUCUAAAACCAGUGAGACCUCCGAGUUUAACAGGACAAGUUUGGUUGUGCCACAAGUUAGAAUUACUCCAGUCAGGUACACUUCACAACUUUCUGAUUUAAAAAAGUGUAGUACAGAUCUAUUCACUGAAGAACAGUCAGAUGAGCCACGGAAACCUGAAGUGACUAUCUUUGAUGCAGAAAUGGAUCUAACCACUAGUGAAGCAGUAGAAAUUGUUACUGUUACAACAAAAUCCACAAAGGACAGAAUGAAAAAGGCUGAAGGAGAUAAGUUGGAAGUUGAAACAUCAUCAAAGAAUGUGGAGACACUGCGAAAAGUAAAACGGACAAAGGGAAAGAAUUCCAACAGUGCUAAAAGGAAUUGCAACAUUGAUUCUCUGGUGUGUGAAAAGAAACAAAGAAAAUAUUCUGAGGCAUUUUCUAUCUUUAACCAAGGCUUUAUUAAUAAUCAUGAAGAACCCAAUGUUGGUAUUCCAAACAAUGGACUGAAUGAUUGGCUGGUGCAUAAAGAUAGUAUCCACCCAAACAGUCAGGAGGAGUAUAGUCAUGUUGUAAGUGCUGCAAAAGAAAACAUUCGUAAUAUCGAGGAAACAGUUGAGAAAAAGACAUGUCGAGUUCAUAAGAGCAUUAAGGAAAGCUCAUCCAGGUUAAUUAUACCAGGAGCCAGGGGAGAUCAUCAUGAAGUGGAGUUAAAUGAACAUCUAAAUAAUGUGGAAGAAAGCAGUGGAAUUUCAAAUGCUUUGCAAGAACAGCUUUGUAAUGUAAAAGAAAAAAUUGGCCUAGGGGUAUUUAUUGUGAAGAAAAAUUGCCACAACGUUAAAGAAAUUACAUCUAAUCCAGUUAUAUUGAAAAGGGCAGAACAUGAAGUGGAGAUGGCUGAACAUCUAGGUAUAAGCGAUUAUGGGAAUUUAAAUAACAAGAACACUAGCCGAAGGACAUUUGUGGUGACAGAAGAGCACAAGAGCAUUAAAGAUAAUUCAUCAAAAUCAGUUGGGCUGGAGAAACUUAGAAAGAAAAGUGUAAUGCUCACAGAUGAAUGUCCAGAUAGUUUAGAAGAAGGUUCUGGGAUCUGUAACACUUCAGAAGAAAAUAUUGGUAAUAAAGGCAGAGCUAGCCGAAGGACAUUUGUGCUGACAGAAGAGAAUACGAGCAUUAAAAAUAACUCAUCUAAAUCAAUUGGACAGAAGAAACUUAGAAAGCAGAGUGCAGUGGCCAUAGAUGCAUAUUCAGACAGUUUAGAACAGGGCUGCAGGACCUGUAAUGCUUCAGAAGAAAAUACUGGUAAUAAAGGUAAGGCUAGCCGAAGGACGUUUCUAGUGUCUAAACAAUGCAAGGCUGUUAAAGAAUGUUCACCAAAUUCAGUAAUAUGGCAGAAAGGUAGAGAACAACAUGAAGUGGAGAUAGCUGAGUUUUUAGGUAACCUAGAAGUUGACAGUGCAAAUAGUGAAGAUAACCAAAAGAUGAUUGUAGUGCCUAAAAGACACAAAAAAUCAUCCAAGUGGGAGAAAUGUAGAGAGCAGCAAGAAAUGGUAAUAGGUGAAUGUCUGGUUAAUCUGGAAGAGGACAAUAAAAAAUCUAAUGCCUUAGAAAAAGACAUUAGCAAUAAUAAGCGCAAGGCUGACAGAAGAACAUUUGUGGUAUGUAAACAACCUAAGAGUGCUAAAGAAAGUUUCUCUAAAGUAAUUAAAGAGGAGAAAGAUGAAGAGCAGUAUAUCAUAGCUGAACAUUUUCCCAGUAUGGAAGGGAAGAGUGGAACUUCUGACACACCACAAGAUUAUAUAAAGGAAAUAGCUCACCAAAGGACAUUUGUGACAAACAAAAUACCAAUGAUUGUUGAAAGUUCAUCUAAUCUAAUUGUGGAAAAUCAAGGUAAAGAACAGUAUCUAAUGGAUGUAAAACAGCACUUGAAUUGUUUAGAGAGGAGGAACAAGAAAAGCUGCAGCCAAAAUCCAAAUAUUUCUCCAGAAAACUAUAGCAACAUAAAGAAGAGAUUGAAUAGAACAACAGUAGUUUGCAAAAAUAUUGAAAAAGGCCCAACUCAGUCAAUUCUGCCAGUGAGAAAAGCAUUGCAGCAUGAAGUCAAGAAAGAACAAAUAGAGUGUGAACAGAACACCCACAAAGUUUUAAAGAGUGAUUGGAUGCCUAUUUCAGAAAAAGGAAGCAAACUUGGUAGGAAAACCCAUAUAAAUGGCUCCAAUGAAUCUGUCCUGCAGCUGUCCAUAGAGGAUGAUUUUGAAGUGGAUCUUUCAACUGCGGAAUGUUCAAAGGGUCAAGAGAAGAAAGAAUGUCAAGUCCUAAAAGAUGUGACAAAUGUAAUUCCUAGCAAACUCGAUCAUCAGUCACAACUCAUUGAAGGAAAACAAGGCCUUCUCAGUUUACGUGGCAAACGGCAAACUACUGCAGUAUUAAAUUACAAAGAGCCACCACUCCACAGAAAGCUGCGUCGAGGGGAUGAGUUCACAGACUCAAGGUUUCUGCAUUCACCUCUAUUUAAAAGUGGAAAGAAAAAGAAAAGAUGCAAUGUUCAAAACAUACACAAAUAAACGUGUGGGAAAAGGAAACUUAGCUGACUUAAUUUCAUAAUUUCAAUUUCCAACUAAAAUUUCAGAUCAAGAAAAGCAGCACUUAUUUCUUCCUGUAUUUUUGUCAUUUCUCAAAUUGACAUAUGUGAUAUUGUUAUUGUUCAUGUAGAUUAUAUAACUUGGCACAGGAGAGCUUUUCAGUUAUUCCAAGAAAAUAUCUAAAAUUGUCUGUAAUUCUGUAUCCCAGUGAGAAUCUUAGAGAUGCAUCAUGGGUUUGAUCUAUAUCUAAAUGACAAUAGAACAAAUUGAGUUGUCAUUUUCAUGGUGGAAGUAUUUCAAAACCAAAGUAAAAAUGCUAAUUUCAAAACUACCAAUUAGUAUACAAUUGCAGUAUAAAGUUCAUGGACACUAUAAAUGAAUCUAUUCAGAAAGUGUCAUCUUAAUCAGGAUAACUAUUGGAUCCUGGAAGCAACUGAGGUGCAGAACAUGGCUAAUGGCUCCCAGAUUGUCCUGGGGGAGGCCUGGUCUAUUUUGAAGGCCAGCAUUAUGAGCAUUAGACUGCAGACUGCAAAUAUGCAUGUUGGGGCAGGUGGUUUUUCAGUUCUGACAAUAUAAACUGCAAUAUCAGGGACUCUUUUGCUAUGAAGGAGGUUAAGUGUUUGGUCCAUUGGGAGGAAUGUGUGGUUGAAAACCUAGCAGUGGCCCAGACUGGUUUGGUGGGCCUGGAGGAGCAUGCCUGCUAGGUACUUCCAGAUUCUCAGUAAAACUCAUCAUUUCGGCUGCUAUUCAGUUGCAUCAUCAGAUGGUACUGGGCACAUGUUCCAGUCAGUAUUGUCCCUUAAUGCAAAACAGAUCCUGGAAAUGCUAUAGGAUCCUGAUUUACUUAUUAACAAGGCAUUGUUAAACAGCUCUGGCUGCCUUGCAAUGAAACCAGGGAGUACUGUGGCUGCCAUUGUGACAACAGCAAUGGGAGAUUAAUCAGUCCCCACCAUUUCCAUUGCACAAUUGCCUCAUUUCCAAUUGGCAGGAUGACUCAACUAGAGACAAGGUGUCUUUGAAUUGCUAAAUAUUUUGGAACAGGAGGAACCACAUAGCUAAAAAUUUCUACAAUGCCUUUGCAAUUCUGCCUUAUUUAUUUAAAAGUGCCAUACCAGAUAUGCAAUAAAUUUCAAUUUAGUAUCAACUGGAGAAAUUCCACUUAUUUUAGAUGCUUGUGUAUUCUCUCAGUUUAUUUAAAAUUGUUAAUUGAUCUUUACUCAGUUUAUAUAAUUUAAUUCAUUGUGGUGAUUUUUUUUAAGUAUAUAUUUUGUUUUCUUGUGCUUUGCUGUUUUGUGAAGCGAUAGUUGAAACUGAAUAAACUCUUAUGGCUGUUUCAUUCUUAGAGGAAAUACAUUGAAUCACCACAACAAUAUUAUG